UCAUAAAAGCGAAAGUUUGCAAACAAAAUUAGGAAAUAAAUCCGAAUCCGUCACAAGAAAUUGGUUUGGCUGUCAGCACUGCUGAAUGACAUUUACAAAACAACAAAAAAAUCAAAACAAAAACAUUUUGCUGCCGUUUGACCCGUUUGACAAACAGUGUCCACGAUUGUACACAAAACAAAAAAACCGAUCAAAACAGACAAAGGGGAUAUGGUCAAUCGAAUGAAUGACAACAGUUCCAUUGAUAUUGUCCAGCUGAUACAAACGGUCGAAAGUAAGCCAAUCUUGUACGACAAAUCGCAAAGUGACUACUCAAAUGUCGUGCUCCGGGACGAUACAUGGAUGGAAAUUGCCAAAAUUCUCAAAUCAACCGAUCUGGAAUGUAAAAGGAAAUGGAAUUAUUUGCGUGGCAAAUUCGCCCGAGAAAUCAAGACUGACGCCAAUGGAUCUCUGUACUUCCAAAUGCCCGUAGAAAAUGACAGCUCAGACGAUUCUCAUUGGCCUUACUUCAAAAAUAUGCUCUUCCUACUACCUCACUGCAAAAAGCGAUCAAAAGCCACCUCGAGCACAGAAACCGUCAAGGAAAAUGCCGAAACAACGGAACCGCCAACAAUGAAACGGAAAAAUGCCUCACCGUCCACAUCCACCACCACAACCACGUAUUUGGAGGUGGAAGAGAGUGAUGAUCACAUCCGAGAACACGAGGGCGAAUCGUCGAAUUCGUACAAGGACAACGAACUGAAAAGUUCCCAUGAAUUUAUCCAAGUUCGCGAACAAUUCCCAAUCACAUCGUCCGGUCUUCCGAUGCACACCACCAUAAUUUCCACGAACGACAGCGACAUUGACGCCGACAAAGUGAUAAUAUUCGAAGACGGAUCGAUAAAGCGACGGAAAUUCAAAGAAAUGGUUGAAGAUACGGUUGCCGAUGUAUUGUCGACGGUGCGUGACUGUGUGGAUCGACAGAAUACAGCCAGUUCAACCGAUUCAUCGUCUGCCCAAACCCAUGCCAUGUUAAACCAUUUUUCACGUUUCGUCGCAAGUUCACUGAUUGGUUUGCCGUCGAAAAAGCGGAAUGCUGCCAUAGCACACAUAACUGCCUAUUUAACAGAUGUAAGAAGUGAGGAAGAUUUAUAGAAACCAACACAAGUGGGCAAAAUACAAAAUCUCGCAAUUUU